AUGGCAAACACAAAACAUCUGUUGGUGCUCUUCGCACUUAUGUGCACUGCAGCGGCCUACUGGGGCCCGGACUUGCCCCCGGGGCCUUACUGCGGCAAGACUAAGGAAUGCUGCGACAACAGGAGGGACUCCUGCGCGCAUCAGAUAUUGAACACGCUUUGCUACUGCGACGAGUUCUGCAACCGAACGAGAGGCCACGACGACUGCUGCCCGGACUACGAGCCGGUGUGUCUCGGCGUCUCCCCCGGGAACCUAUUGCUGCCCUGCAAGCACAACGGGCAGAACUACCUGCCUGAACAGACACGCACCGAAGACUGCAACCUGUGCGAAUGCGUGAAGGACCCGGUCACGAUGAAGACUGAUUGGCGAUGCGACAAUGACCCCUGUCUCAUGAGCGAUACGGUCGUGGAUGGCGUGAACUACGGGGGCUCCAGCUGGCGCGCGUACAACUACCCGGAGUUCAGGAGCAAGAAGCUGAAGGAUGGGCUCGUCUACAAACUAGGAACGUUCCCGCUGAGCAGCGAGACCAAGCGGAUGGGCCCCCUUCGAUAUGACAAGGACAUCGCCUACCCCACAAACUUCGACGCUCGCACCCGCUGGCCUGGUUUCAUCUCGCCCAUAGUGGACCAGGGCUGGUGCGGCUCCGACUGGGCGGUUUCUUUAGCCGGGGUCGCGUCAGACAGGUUCGCGAUUCAAUCGAAUGGCGCUGAGAACAUGGUGCUCAGCCCGCAGACGCUGCUCUCCUGCAACCUUCGCGCCCAACGCGGCUGCCACGGCGGUCACAUCGACGUCGCGUGGAACUUCGCCAGGGGCCACGGGCUGGUCGACGAAAACUGCUUCCCCUACAAGGCCUCGGUGACCAGGUGCCCCUUCAGGCCGCGCAGCACCCUCAUCCAAGAUGGCUGCCGGCCACUGGUUAAACACCGCACCACACGCUACAAGGUCGGCCCGCCCGGCAAGCUCAGCCAUGAGAAGGACAUCAUGUACGAUAUAAUGGAGUCGGGACCGGUCCAAGCUGUCAUGACUGUCUACCAAGAUUUCUUCCACUACCGCGACGGGGUGUACCGCCGCAGCUACCAGGGCAACAACGACCUGAAGGGCUAUCACAGCGUCAGGAUCAUCGGCUGGGGAGAGGACCGCGGCGACAGAUACUGGCUGGUGGCGAACAGCUGGGGCGAGAGGUGGGGCGAGAACGGUUACUUCCGGAUCGCGCGCGGCUCCAACGAGGCUGAGAUCGAGUCUUUCGUGGUGACCGCCCUCAGUGACGUCACGGAGGCUAACCAGAAG